AUGUAUCUUGCCAAUAAUACUCGACCAGAUAUUUAUUUUGCGGUAAAUUUAUUGGCAAGACUCAUCUCUUCCCCAACUAAAAGACAUUGGAAUGGUGUCAAACAUAUACGCAGAUAUCUUCGGGGAACCAUUGACUUGAGAUUAUUUUAUUCAAAUGAAUCCAAGUCAGAAAUGAUUGGUUACGUAGAUGCAGGAUACUUAUCUGAUCCACAUAAGGCUCGGUCUCAGACGGGUUAUUUAUUUACAUAUGGUGGCACAGCUAUAUCAUGGCGUUCAAUGAAGCAAACAUUAGCUGCAACUUCUUCAAAUCAUGCAGAAAUCAUUGUCAUUGAUGAAGCGAGUCGGGAGUGUGUUUGGUUGAGAUCAAUGACUCAACAAAUUUAA